GAUAAAAGUUUGACUUAUAAGGGAAUGCUUCAUAAAAAUCUUACAUUCGUAAAUCUUUUGACUUUAAAAAUAGUUGAAGGGGUCCAAAGCGCUAAUGGUAGUGAGUCUAAGGACUGCAACAAAUAUAUCACAGAGCCUUUAGGAUUAUAUAUUACUGAUCCAUUAGGAAAAAAUGGAACUUAUUAUAAUGGAUAUUUUUCAAUUCCAUUUGAAAAUAAUUAUAAAUUGAUCUUAAGUUUAUCAAAUAACACAAAGUAUGGAAAACGUGGAGAACAAAUGAUUCAGUUCAAAUUUCGAUUUAUGGAUCAAAAUUCGAAUCUAAAUACCAGUUCGCAUUUGUUUGUUAGUGUUUCCGAUUCAGAAAAUGUUUAUUUGAAAGAAGAUAUUUCUUCAGUAUUUUUACAAUCAAUUUCACAAACUAAUACUUACGAACUUUCCCCAGGAAACGUAUGC